UAUAUGAAGAAGGUGGGCUCUCUCCUCCAUCUUCCACUGUUCUCUUGGGGGGAAGGUUUAUUUUUAUUUAUUUAUUUAUUUUUAUUCAAGUCACCUCCAGGAUCGCUUCAUUAGUAUUAGUGGCCUGUAAAGAAGAAAAGAUUUUAUCAAGUAGAUUACAAUUUCUGUCCCUGUUUUCUAGCAGUCGUUUUAUCAAACAUCUGGUGGACAAAUCCAGAUGACUAAGCCCUUUAAAAACCUCUGCUGUUUGAUGAAUCCGUUCCUUGAAUACCGUUGUUUCUCUUGUUCUCCUUCAGCACCUUCCUCUUCACUUCCCUGGAUUUCUCCUCUUCAGUACCUCAAUGCCACCUCUCCCAAACCUGACCCUCCAGCCACCGAAGCCACAACCACCAUGGUAGAACCUCAGAAGAAACCCAAAUUCAUCUCUCACGAGUCGGCUAUCAACUUGAUCAAACGCGAGACCGAUCCGCAACGCGCACUUGAGAUAUUUAACAGGGUAGCGGAGCAAAGGGGGUUCAGCCACAACAAUGCUACAUAUGCUACCAUCCUCCAUAAGCUUGCCAAGUCCAAGAAAUUUCAGGCUAUUGAUGCGGUGCUUCACCAAAUGACCUAUGAAACUUGCAAAUUUCAUGAGGGUAUAUUUCUUAACCUCAUGAAACAUUUCUCCAAGUUCUCUCUUCAUGAGAGGGUGGUUGAGAUGUUUGAUGCCAUCCACCCAAUUGUCCGUGAAAAACCUUCUCUCAAAGCCAUCAGCACUUGUCUCAAUCUCCUGGUUGAGUCGAAUCAGGUUGAUUUGACCCGCAAGUUUCUCUUGAAUUCCAAGAAGAGUCUCAACUUGGAGCCCAAUACCUGCAUUUUCAACAUUUUAGUCAAGCAUCACUGCAAGAAUGGGUAUAUUGAUUCUGCUUUUGAAGUCGUCGAGGAGAUGAAAAAGUCUCAUGUUUCUUACCCAAACUUGAUCACCUACUCUACGCUGAUUAAUGGUCUCUGUGGAAGUGGAAGACUAAAAGAAGCCAUUGAAUUGUUUGAGGAAAUGGUCUCAAAGGAUCAGAUAUUGCCCGAUGCCCUGACUUACAACGCUUUGAUUAAUGGGUUUUGCCAUGGAGGGAAGGUUGAUCGAGCCCUGAAGAUAAUGGAGUUCAUGAAGAAGAAUGGAUGCAACCCAAAUGUAUUUAAUUACUCUGCCUUGAUGAAUGGCUUCUGUAAGGAGGGAAGACUGGAGGAGGCAAAGGAGGUUUUUGAGGAGAUGAAAAGCUUAGGACUGAAGCCUGAUACAGUCGGCUAUACUACUUUAAUUAAUUUUUUCUGUAGGGCUGGUAGGGUCGAUGAAGCUAUGGAGUUGCUCAGAGAUAUGAGAGAAAACAAGUGCAGAGCUGAUACUGUAACUUUCAAUGUGAUACUGGGAGGAUUGUGCAGAGAAGGAAGGUUCGAAGAGGCUCUUGGGAUGCUUGAGAGGCUACCCUAUGAGGGUGUUUACUUGAACAAAGCAAGUUACAGGAUCGUGUUGAAUUCCUUGUGCAGGGAAGGUGAAUUGCAGAAGGCGACACAGCUUGUGGGCUUGAUGCUGGGUAGGGAGGUUUUGCCCCAUUUUGCUACCUCGAAUGAGCUAUUGGUUCAUCUAUGUGAGGCUGGAAAGGUGGGCGAUGCAGUUAUGGCUUUGCUUGGAUUAUUAGAACUGGGGUUCAAACCAGAGACCAAUUCAUGGGCUCUUUUGGUUGAGUUGAUUUGCAGGGAAAGAAAGCUAUUGCCUGCAUUUGAACUGCUCGAUGACUUAGUUAUACAAGAACCGUAAAAUCCUCCAAUCUUUUAAUCAGAUGAGAGAGGUGUUUUAGAAGCAACAGGAAACGUUUGCUUGCUUGGCAUAAAAUUUGAAAACAAACUGAUUGAAAUGAAUGAAUAAGAGAGAAAUAAUUAUUUCUUUUUUCCUUUA